AUGAAUGAUAGAGACGAUUUUGCUGAAUUAGUUGGUAGUGCACGAUAUGUGACUAAAUCUCCAACAUUUUAUUUUUAUGGUCGCAUUCGUUAUGGAACAAAAGGUGAAAAAGUUGAAGAAAGAUUUUUGUGUAUGGAUGCUGUUCGUGUGUAUAUUUGUUCAGUUAAAAUUCCUGUCAAAAUUGAAUCACAAUUUAAUAUUCUAUCAAUUAAAUCAAUAGAAAGAUCAAGUGAUUCACAUGUUAUUAUUGAAACAGAUGUCAAACAAACUCAUUCAUUAUACGGUCUUCAUGAUAAAGCAUCAUUACAACCAUUUCUUAUUAUACUUAUUCGAACUAUACGUACUGUUUUUCCACAUAGAUUACAAGCUAUUGUGGAUAUUCGCCCAGAGAAUGAAUAUGACAGAUUAUUACGUUUAUCAAAUGAAUAUUUUGAAGAUAAAUCAAGUGAUGUUCAUGUAUGUGGAGGUUUUUCUGUUCGUUAUGAAUGUGCUUGUGAUUUUUAUCAAACACAAUGUUAUCGAUCAGUACAAAAUCUUGUUGAUACAGUAUUUGCUCAUCGUGUAUCACGUGAAUUUACAUUUCACGAAUUUGAAUCACUUAAUCCAAAAGAUUGGUUACCAAUUAUUGGUGCAUUACGUCAUAAUGAAUGGUUUACAAAAUUAACAGUUGAAAAUAUAAAAUUGUCAUCAGAAAGUAUUGAAGAACUUUGUAUUGUCUUUCGUCUAAAUAAAACAAUACAACAUCUACGUUUAGUUAAUUGUGGUCUUAAACAAGACUUCAGUACGCGAUUUGCACAUUAUUUACCUAUUACUAAUAUUGAAAAUUUUGAUUUAUCCAAUAAUGCAAUUGAAGAUAAAGGUUUAAACGCUCUAAGUACAAUAUUACAACAGCGUAAAUUACCACUUCGAUCUUUUAAUCUUCAAUCAUGUUCAAUUUCACAUAAAAGUUUAUCUAAUUUUAAUACAGCAUUAGUUAAUAAUAAUUGUAUAUUGAAAAGUCUUAAAAUUCUUAAUCUAUCCGGAAAUCGUAUUAAAGAAGAAAAUUGUAUUACACUUCUAUUUUCUAAUAAUGAAAAUGUAUUAGAAGAAUUACAUUUAAGUGAUAUUGAAUUUGGUCUUGAAUCAUUUUUUCAUUCAUUAGCAACAUUACCAUGUAAACUUCGUCGUUUAUAUAUAUCUUCAGUAAAAUCUUCUAUUCCAUCGGCAAUAUCAGGUGGUGUAAAAUUAUUUUUUACAAAAACUCAAUCCUUAGAAGUCUUACAAUUAUCAAAUGCUAAUUUAUCUAAUGAUUUUCUCAGAGAAUUAUGUGAUGGUCUUCAUUCGAAUAUGCAUUUGAAAAAUCUUGAUUUAUGUCUUUCGGGAAAUCAACUUGAAUCAUUCAUUCGGGAUUAUGCACCUCGUUUUGCAGCUAUUCCUUGUUUAAAUGCACUUGAUAUUAGUGGAUGUGAUUUGGAUAAUGAAGCGGUAACAUUAUUAAUUGAAUUAAAAAAGAAUCAAAAAUUAAAAUCACUUCAUAUAGGCAAAAAUUUUAAUAAUACAAAAGCAAAAAAUCUUCAAAGAAUAGUUAGUGCAAUGAAAGAUUUUGUCUUUGACAGUAAAGUUGAAUAUUUAUCAAUAGCUGAUUCUAAAUUACGAGAAAAUACAGCUGAAGUUCUUCUAUCAUUAAUUAAUAAUACAUCAAUAAAAAGUCUUGAUAUUCGGGGAAAUUUAAUGACUGAUACUGGUGUACGUGCAUUCACUCAAGUAUUACAAAUGAAUUGUCAUUUACAUACAAUAUUCUACGAUCGAAAUGUUCUUUCAUUGAAUAAUUUUGAAGAUAUUGUUAAUGCUAUGGAAGAGUACGUAUUAAUUUUAUUUUCAUUGCUUGAUUCUCUAUGUAUAAGAAAUCAAGAACAAAAUCAAAAUAUAUUUUCAACUGAUUCUUUACUUGUAACAACAAAAGCUAAUUUAGCACGUGAAAUGACAAUGUCAUGGGAAAAUCAACAACAAUUAUUUGGUGAUCAAUUAUCAUUAGAAUAUAUUCAAUCAUGUUCAAAUAGAUCAAAUAAUAAAACUGAUGAAAUAAAAUCAAUAUUAACACGACCAGCACAUAUUAAUGAAGCUUCAUCUCAAUUACAUGAUUUAUAUUUAAGUGAAGAAGAACAUUUAAAAAAUGAAUGGAAUGAUAUGUAUAAAUUAUUUGAACAAAGAUUAAUUAAAACACAAGAAAAUUUAUCAAAAAAAUAUUAUCAAUUAUUUAAAGAAAAAUCAUUAAUUAAUUAUGAUGAUAAAUUUCAAGAAGAAAUUCGAACAUAUUUUGCAAAUUCAAAUAAUAAUAUUAAUCAUUUAUUAAAUAAAGAAAUACCUGCUAGAAUAGCAACAUAUACACGUGAAUGUUAUAUUAAUGUAGCAACAUGUUUAGAAAAAAGAGCUUACGAUACAAUGAAUGACAUAGCGUUUGAUAUACAUAAACAAUUGGAAUCGACUAUACUUCGUACAGCAGUUCCUUCACCCCAAAUGUCAACAGCAGACGGACAACAAAAUACACCAUCAUCUACUCUUGAUCGUCUUGUUAAUCGUGGUGCUCAAGUUGUUCAUCGUCUUGCUCAUAAACAUACUCAUCCUCAACAAGAUUUAACUGAUGAAACCAUAAAUAAUCGAUCUUUAAAAAAUACUGAUUCUAAUGAAUGUCUUACAGAUCGUUCACCAAAGACACCUAGAUCAGCAUCGAAAGAUAAUCGUUUAUUAACACCUUCAUCAAAUAAAAAUCCAACUCCUCCGGCUCCAAUAUCACCAAAACCAUCAUCAAAUGCUAAUCGACAUCGAUCAGUUUUAUUUAAUGCAGAUGAAUUAGAACCUACUCCAACAGAUGCUAGUCCAAUUUAUAAGAAUUUUCCUGUUCUAAAUCGAACAAGAAAACAAGAAAUUCCAUUAGAAGAUGAAGCUGAUCGUAUUGAACAUGAUUUACUUGAUUUGGUUGAACAAGAACAAAUAAAAGAUCAACAAAGAAAUACACCACCUGAUAUACCUAUGAAAAAAAGAAUGACACUACCAUCACAAGAUGAUCAUUUUGAUAUUGACCUUGAACCAACAACAAAAUUAGUUCAUCUAGGUAAAGAUCGACCUCGUCGUGGAAAUGUACGACGACCUGUAAAACGAUCAACAGAUGGUGCUUCACUCGAUAGUUCAUCUGAUGGCGGUCUUGAUAAUGAUGAUAAUAGUAUUGGAGAUAUACCAACAACAUCAACAAUUGAAACAUCAAAUCAAUCAAAUAUAAAUCCUCCUGAAAUAUCAACUGUUGAACCACCAGUAACAGAAUUACCACCGAAAGCAAUAACAAAACUUAAAUCAGGAUUAAAAACUUCAAAAACACCAACCGAUGAAUCAGCUCCACCACCUGUUCCAACUAAAAUUCAACAACAAACACGUUCUUCAACUUUUCAGCAACAAAAUAGUACAGCAACAAAUGUUACAUCAAAACCAACGACAAUGACCAAUAAUGAUUCAUCACAAAUUAUUAAUUCUGAUUCAACAUUGGACCCACUUCUAUUAAAAUCUACAAUGUCACUGAGUCCACAGGCAACAUUAUCAAAUAAAGAUGAUCAAAAAGAAGCAUAUAAUUCAUUAGAAAAUAUAUCCCAAGCACCACCAGUUUUAGCUCGAACAGGCAAAGCAGCAAUUGGUACUCGUGUACUGCCAGUACUUGAUUCUAGCGGAGAAGCACCACCAGUUAGAUUAAGACACUUUCAAUCAGACAAAAAAGAGAAUCCAACAGGAUCUGAUGCUGCAUCUGGUGUUGGAGAUGUAUCAGUAUCAUCCGAUUAUGAUAAGUUCAAACGUUUAUCAGUGAAAGAACGAGCCCGUAUGUUAACUACACCUAAUCCUCCCAUGGCAUCAAGUGAGAAAAAGACAACAACAACACCACCACUAUCUAAUACAACAGUUUUAUCACCUUAUACACCACGUACUCACCGACGAUUAAUUGAACAAGUGAAUUUAUUUUGUUAA